CGCUUCACCAGUCUGUUUCACUAGGUUAACUCUUCUGUACCCGCCAUGAAGCUGCUGCUGAUCACCGUGAGUGCUGCUGCCCUCCUGUUGGGGUCCUGUAGAGGAGACGGAGGCCACCAUGGAGGUGGCUCUUCAGGUGGAUUCAACACUUUCUCCAGAGGAGGAGGUUUAGGAGGAUUUUCCGGUGGAGGAAUCUCCAGUGGACGCUAUGGAGGAAGUUUAGGUCGAGGAUUUGGGGGUCAGGGUGGUCUCGGCGGCGGCUCUAUCAUCCACGCACAGUCUAGCUUCCCCAGCGGAGGUAGAGGUUUCUCCAGUGGAGCUGGCUUCUACGGCGGUGGCUCACACAGAGGUUUCUCCAGUGGAGGUAGCAGCUUCGGUGGUGGUUCACACGGUUUCUCCAGUGGAGGCAAUGGCUUCGGCUCCUUCGGCGGCAGUCUCGGAGGAUCCCACGGAGGUCGUGGUGGUGCGUCCUCCGGGAGAUUCGUUGGAUCCUCAAUUGGUGGUAGAAACUUUGGUAGCCGUUCUUAUGGCUAUGGAAAAUAAGCGAUGUUUACCUAAGAAAGUUAAGAACUACCAAAAUAAAAACAGGAUGGCUGCCAAAAUUACAUGAAAUCAUUUUAUAAAUUCCUGGUAUGUCGACCAUGAAUAAAUCUUUAACUGAAA